AUGCGCUCCAUCAUCACCCCGAUCCUCAUCUUCCUCUCCCUCUCCCUCCCCGCUCUGGCCUCUCCUACCACCUCCACCCCGCUAAAACAAGCCACCCGGGACUCCAUUGUCUCUCGCGCGCAAAACCCCCUCCGACGCCAAAAUACAGCUUCUUGCCUCGCCUGCUCGACCUGCUGUUCCGGUUUCUGUAGCAUGUCGGGCCAGACUAACCACGCCGUCUACGCGGACACCGGCGUCCCGCCCAAUGUUGUCCACCUUAGCGGCCCGGUCACUCAGUCGUCCCUCGAGACAUGCAUUCGGAGCUGCUGUAACCUCCAAACAUGCGACACCGCCACUUACGACCCCAUCUCCAAAGAGUGCAACACCUACGAUCUCGCGAGCAGUGGUGGACCGCAAUACGUCAGCGAUCCAGGUGUACAGCUAGUGGCAAACAAGGUCACCUGUGCGGGCAAUACAGUCAAGGGCGGUUCGAGGACCUGCUGCGACGCACCGGUCCGCUUGUGA